CUGUGCUCUCCAAACCAUCUUUCACAAAAUCUCAAUUCACUCCGUGAAACCUCUGAUCAUCCUCCGAAUCGCCAGUUGUGACAUGGCCCCCAGCGUCGGAAUCCCGAUAUGCGUGCAAUGCGGGACGGGGAGCAACCCCUGCCGGUGCAAGGUGGUGGGGCCAACUGUGGGAUUCCUGGCCUUCGCGGCCGCAGCCAUCGCCGAGUGGCCCAUCGGGGCCCUCGUCUACUGCUUCCGCCACAGCAAAGGCCGCCGUGUCAUGGCGCAUCCGGCCACCGUGGUUUAUCCAUCUGUCACCAAUGCAAUUCCCCUUUGAGUAAAGA